CUGAACGUGUGUGAAAUGUGAAACGAAACCAAAUAAGAAACAUACAAGCCGGAUCGAGGAGUAUAUCAACAAUGUCCGUCUCCCAGAUCACCCCAACUCUGUUCCUGAGCGGUGCAGACGCUGCCCUGAACAAGGCGCUGUUGUCCCGAAGAGGCAUCACCCUCAUCAUCAACGUCACUGUGGAGCUCCCGUGCGCAGAGCACCAGGGGGUGGAGUGCCUGCGCGUGCCUGUCUCUGACCGCCCGCACGCCCAGCUGGGUGAACAUUUUGAGAGCAUGGCGGACUGCAUCCGCGGCAACCGGACAGGUAGCACGCUGGUCCACUGUGCCGCCGGCAUGAGCCGCUCUCCUGCCCUGGUCAUGGCGUACCUCAUGAGGUACGAAGGGGUGACGCUGCGCCAAGCCCACGACUGGGUCCGUGACUGCCGUCCCCACAUCCGCCCCAAUGCCGGAUUCUGGCGCCAGCUGCUCGACUAUGAAAAAAAGCUCUAUGGCAAGAACACUGUAAAAAUGAUAGCCACUCCGCUUGGGGUGUUGCCCGAGUCAAAUAUCUCAGAAGGGGACCCUGAGUGCUGCCUCAGUUGGUGAUGGCACCCCCAGCUGCACCUCCUGUGGUGGACUCUGGCUUUUACUGCCAUGUAUGGACAGGACCCAUACAUUUGUAGCAAGACGUUUCUAAAUCUGCACCUCUCAGGUUCAGCUGGACCUUCCUACCUCUGUGAACAUCCUCCUCUUGAAGGUCAAAGAUUUUUUGUUCUACUUGCUUUGUGUGGAUAUGCUGACCCCUCUUGUUGAUGCUGACCAUGGCAUGGCACCACCAAUGCUAGACUCAUGCCCUUCAGAUAUUCCAUUUAAGUUCCUUAUUCCUUAAGUGCCUGUUAAACCACUAAUUUCUUAUUUCUGGUAUUAAUACUAUAUAUACAUGUAUUCAUUCUUACAUUUUGCUACACUGAUUCCCCUUUUCUGUAAAUGCCAGUCUGAGGCUGUAAAUAUGUAUUUGAAGAACAUCCAUAUCCAUCAACAACCCACAAUCAUGUGUUUCCUUUGCAUAGUCAAAACAACUGUCUCAAUUCUUCUGACAACUGGGUGAUUUAGUGAGCACUAUUAAUGCCACCUACUAAUUAGGGCCAUAAAGGGUUGCAGCUUUGCUGCCAAUUUUUAACAGUUCAAGGAAAUUUCAGUGGUAGGCAAUCUGGAUAAUUUUAUGUUCAAGCUUUCUAAAGUAUAGCUCUGCUGGCUGACCACACUGCUACACCUCUCCGUUUUGUUUAGAUACACAUAUAUUUGGUGGACUGUUCAGUCUCUGGUAUGCAGAUUAAUUAUAGCAUAGUUAAGAAAAAGUGUCUAUCCC